AUGCCUUUGUGUGGAGGAUCCAAGACUGUCCAGCGCAAGCUGGUACUUCUCGGCGAUGGCGCGUGCGGCAAGACAUCGCUGUUGAACGUCUUUACCAGAGGCUACUUCCCGACUGUCUAUGAGCCCACCGUCUUCGAGAACUACGUCCAUGACAUCUUCGUUGAUAACGUCCACAUCGAGCUUUCUCUCUGGGAUACCGCUGGCCAAGAGGAAUUCGACCGCCUUCGCAGCUUGUCUUACGGUAGGAUCAUCGGCCAGGGUGGAUUGAACAACGUUGGCUUACUAGGCGCAGACGAUACCGACUUGAUCAUGCUGUGCUACAGCGUCGACAGCAAGGACUCCCUCGAGAACGUUGAGAGCAAAUGGGUUGGUGAGAUCGCAGACAACUGCCCUGGCGUCAAGCUCGUCCUAGUCGCCCUCAAGUGCGAUCUCCGCGAGGCCGACAACGAGGAGGAGGAGGGUGCCGAGGGCCAGCAGCGCGAGAAGCGUCCCAUGAUCAACUACGAGCAAGGUCUGGAGGUCGCCCGUCGCAUCAAUGCCCUCCGCUACCUCGAGUGCUCCGCCAUGCGCAACCGCGGCGUCAACGAGGCCUUCACCGAGGCUGCCCGCGUAGCCCUCAGUGUUAAGAAGGACCGCGAAGAGUCUCAGUGCGCCGUCAUGUGA